GAACAAAACAACGUGGAGAGUAAGUUUCCAAAGCUUGUACUUCGUUUUCUAUAAAUACCGUCCAAAAAUUCAGCAACUUUAAUCAAUUGAUUUUUGCCAAUGGAUUAUUUUCGUUUAUUACCAGAAGGUUGCAUAUCUGAAAUUCUCUCCUUCACUUCUCCUAAAGAUGCUGCUAGUUCCUCAGCAAUCUCACUCGGAUUCAAGUCUGCUGCUGAAUCCGACGUCGUUUGGGAGAAAUUUUUGCCCUCUGAUUAUCAACAUAUUAUUUCUAGCUCAAACUCUUUCUUAGUUUCUCCUUCCAAAAAAGAGCUUUAUUUUAGUCUCUGUGAUUCCCCGAUUCUCACUGAUGGCGGCAAAGUGAGUUUUUCAUUGGAUAAGAAGACCGGGAAGAAAUGUUUUAUGGUUGCAGCAAGGGAGCUUGUUAUUUCAUGGGGUGAUACACCACAUUAUUGGGGAUGGUCAUCUCACCCAGACUCCAGAUUCUCGGAAGUGGCUAAUCUUCGGUUUGUUUGUUGGCUUGAUAUGCGAGGCAAGAUUGAAACUGGAAUACUGUCAAAAAGAACCAAAUACGCUGUUUAUUUGGUGUUCAAAUUGGCAAACGGAUUUUAUGGCCUUGAAACUGCUAAUGCAUUUGUUAGAUUUGUUGGUCGUGAGAGUAACAAUGAAGCUGAGGAACGAGCAAGUGUUGUUAGUCUUUCCAGACGAGAAGGGCCUAGUGAGAAGCGAUCCAAGAGAAGAGUUGAUGGAUGGAUGGAAAUAGAAAUGGGAAAUUUUUUCAAUGAUGCUGGAGAAGAUGGAGAUGUUGAAGCGAGAUUGAUGGAGAUUAGGCGUCUCUUUGCUAAAGGUGGCCUUAUUGUUCAAGGAAUGGAGUUUCGACCAGAAUGAAGAAGAGAAGAAUCCUCUUACCAUGCCUUGCUAAGAGUCGCUCUUUUCUGGAUUGAUAUAAUGUUCUUCUAAAUAUGGCCCUUCUCACAAAAUGGUCAACCCCGAGUUAUCCAUAGAGUUGAUUCACUAUUUUAAUGUACAAUACAGAGUGAGUAGAUGUGUGUAAAAACCUCAAUAUCUUCUUAUGAUUAUAAAUGAAAUAUGCCACCUGUUUGUAGCAUCAA